AUGAAGUUCACUGGUAUCCUCUCUGCUCUCGCUCUUACCUCCGCCGUCUCGGCCACCACUGUCUCUUACGACACUGGCUACGAUGACAAGUCCCGCCCCAUGACCUCCGUCGCUUGCUCUGACGGCCCCAACGGUCUCAUCACCAAGUACGGCUGGAAGACACAGGGCAACAUCCCCACUCCUUACGUUGGUGGUGUCAACAUCAUUGCUGGCUGGAACUCCCCCAACUGCGGUGGCUGCUACCGCCUCGAGUACAAGGGACGCAAGAUCAACGUCCUUGCCAUCGACCACGCCGCCUCUGGCUUCAACAUUGGCCUCGAUGCCAUGAACGCCCUUACUGGUGGCCAGGCUACUAAGCUCGGCCGCGUCAACGCCCAGGUCUACCACGCCGACGCUUCUGCUUGUGGCCUCAAGAAGUAA